AUGUCUCAUUCUCCUUCUUCAUCGUCUUUAUCGCCUCGAUCUGCAGGCGAUGUUCAAAUUAAUCCACUUUUGGCACGUCGUGAACGGUCCUUAUCGCAGUGUGAGCGUGCUCUUCAAUAUCCAUCGCACGAAGGUAUUAUUCAAGAUUUUUGUCGUGAAAAAGGUCAUGGUCAUAUUAAACCUCGAGAUAAUUCAGAAAGUAUUUUCGUUCAUGUUUCCGAUAUUGAAGAUGAUUAUGUACCAAAAGCCGGUGAUGUUGUAUCGUAUAAGAAAAUAUUGAUGCCACCUAAAAAUGAAAAAUAUCAAGCAAUUCAUGUUCGUUUUCUACAGUUAUCAGAUGGUGUUAAACAUGAAUCUUGGGAAGAAGCUGUUCAAGAAGAUGUUAAUCAUCGUCGUCCAAGUGUACAAGAUGGAUCAGUAACAUCGUCUUACAAUGAUCAAACAGCUCCAAACGGUGAUCAUAUUCAUCGUGUAAAUGCUCCACAUAAUUAA